UGAAUAGUACUCCGUCAGACUCUAUGGCGUCUUUACCGGGUGAUUCCUGGGCAGUGAGAUUGACAGCUUUAUUCGUACGAUGCUGUGGCUUUUGGGCAGAGGAUACAAAAUUUGGGAGAAAAGCUAUGGAUGUUAUCGUAACAUAUUCACUAAUUGCACUCCUGUUCGCAUUUUGUGUCACGUCAAAUGACUUAUACAACUGUUAUGGUGAUUUUGAUAGAUUCACCUAUUGCGGUCUCAAUGUUGUUACGGUGGGAUUUGGUUUUUAUAAGCUAGUGGCAUUCUCUAUGAAACGACGAAUGUUCUUACAUUUGAUUUAUUAUGCGAAGAAAAACUUCUGGUUCUGUGAUUAUGAUGAAUAUGGUACUGAGGUAAUGAAUGGUUGCAUGAAGAGAUGUUUGGGGAUCAUUAUAUUCGCAGUUUUCAUGUGCCAUUUGACGAUAAUUAUUCAUUACAUAAAGCCUUUGAUAGCAAAUCAAGGGAUGAAUGAAAGUGACAGAAUUCUUCCCUUUCAACUUUGGAUUGACUUGCCCGUCACGUUGACACCAUGGUAUGAGAUCUUAUACAUUAUCGAGAUGUUUUCAGGCUAUCAUUGCUGCAUCUGCUACUUCUGCUUCGACAACUUCCUCUGCCAAAUCAACAUAACUCUUGUUGGUCAGUUUCUCAUUCUCCAAAAAGAAUUCCGUAGUAUUUAUGAUGAACGCUUUGCGUUAAUGUCCAAGGACGAGUCUUAUAUCCAUGCGAGGCUUAUUAAGUGCGUUGAGAAGCAUCAAGCACUGAUAGCCUUCACGGAAAAAGUGAAGGAGCUUUACAGAGAUGUCAUUCUCGGAGUCGUUGUUCUUCUCAGUUUGUUGAUAUGUCUCGAAUUAUUCCAGCUGAUGACGACGGUUGGCGAGAUGCUGGCUAGAAUCCAUUACUGCGUAUACGCUGGAGGCAGUAUAGCCCAACUUUACUUUUUUGCACUGACCUGCAAUGACCUGACAGAAGCAAGUCUCGCCAUAUCCAAUGCAGCUUAUGAUGUGCGAUGGUUUCUGAUGAAAUCCGCUGAUAAGAAGAAUGCGCUAGUCAAGGAUUUACAGACUGUCAUUAUGAGAUCCCAGAAAGCUUGCAGUCUGACUGUUGGUGGGUUCGCACCGGUCACCCUGAUGACUUUCACAUCGAUUUGUAACAGAGCGUUUUCGUUCUUGACUUUGAUGAGGCAGAGUCUGGAUUACUGAGUAUUUGUUGAGAAUAGAAAAGAAUAUAGCACUGGUUAUUUGUCCGCGGUACAACUUAAUCAAGUUCCGAGUUCAAAUAUAUAUAUUUGUUCUUUAUUAAUCUUUUGUGAAUAAAAUAUGGGGAUAUGAACUCUAGCUCGUUAAAAUUUUCCGUUAAGAUAGCCGCAUUCUAUUGGCGCAGUACUUUACCCGUGAUUUAUCUACUCGUAAAAAUUUUAUGAAUUCACUCUGGGGCUUAGUCAAAUGUCUGUUCAAUAACUUUACGGAGGUCCGUGAAGGCUAUUUUCUCUGGAAGCUGUGAUACAAUGGUGGUUUGUUCAAUUAACUGAUUAACCAUUGUUAAGUAGUAAUAUUCAAGUCUUUUUGAUUUUUGUUCGUAUUAAAGCAAUGAAAAUUAUUGCCGGGUAAUUCUCAUAAAGUAUACCGCGGCGUUCGGAAGUAUCUUUCAAUUGAUACAACCAUAAUAUCUCUUAAUUACUAUCAAAGCUUUCA